CCACGUUGAAACAGCCAAUGAUAACGGUCCCAGCCUCCAAUACCCACUCAGCUGCCAACUUUCUUGCUUUACACUUUACACUCUCUACGCUUUUGCACGACAACACAAUCUCUCGCCUUGCAUCUUCAACGUCUCCCCCCCUUAUCCCUAUCUGAAGGUCUCAACAAUAACCAACAAUACCAAUUAUACCACACACGAUACCGAAAACACCAUCAUCAGAGAGGAUAGCAAUAUUAUCUGUUUCGACUUCCUCUUGUUUUUUUCACACCGUACAUCCCUCGCCCGACCGGCAAAGACGUUGUAUCGAGACGCAACAUUUACGGGCGAGGGUUUCAGGUGGACUUCAUUCGGCUUGUCGAACGAAGCCUACCUGAUAGUUUGCGGAAUUGAAAUAUGCCUACCUUCGUGAACGACGAAAACUCUCCUAUAUAUGCCAACGCCGGCGUCGUUCAUCUUGGAAAUCAUCACGUACCGAACUUCGAAAAGUUGUCAACUGCUAAAGACACUCUCAUUUCAAGACCGUUGACUACUACAAUUGACACGAAUGAAACUUUCGACGACAAUUCAUCUUCGCAUUCCUCUUAUAGCUCCGACCUGCGGACGCGAAUGGAUGCUGAUGGGUCGACCGUUCCGAGCAUGACUCCCUGGCCCAAUGGCAGGUCGAGUAAAGACUCGAAUGGUUCCGCCUCAAUGGGUCCAAACUCCAAAUAUACUGCCAAUAUGAAAGCACCUUUGUCUAGGGCCGAGUCGUCAGAACAUCAAUACACCUUGAAUGGCGUAUCUCAAACGACAGAAAGCCAACGUAAGAGCACGUCCGAAUCUCAACUCAAUCGCUUUUCUGUAGAAUCUCGUGUUUCGGUUUCGGUGCAACCUCCUGUCGAACAGUCCCGAAAUUCGCUGAAUGGUACUGUGUCUCCCGAUGGCUCGGUUCCAAGCUACUUACCACCUAGCCCUUUGACGCCGUCUACACCCAAUCCCGACCCGACUCAGCGUAGAUCACCACCGCCGCAGAGAUUUUCCGGUCCUCCGAAUUACCCGUCGACUAGUGCAUCCGCAUCCACGCCAGCACUGCAGGGUCCCACAGGCGGGUUGAAACACAGACAUACUCUUGAGGUGCCUAGAGUCCAACCUGGGCGAGGGUCGAGGGAUAGUAACGACACGGCAUUCGCUAGCGGAAGAUUCUCGCCGACAGGGGCCGGUCCAUCCCAACGCCGGGGAUCCCUUAACUUGGGGAGACGAAACACUCGUUCCUUGCACUCCGAAGUACCUCGCGACGAAAUACUGCCUGAUGACGAUGCGCUGAGAUGGGCGGAAGCAUAUAGGCAAAAGCGGGCCAAGAAGAAGAAGCGCGAAGAAGAGGAUGAUGACAGGGUCUUGGUCGGAACCAAGGUUGACGAAAAUCAUGCGAACUGGACGACGGCAUACAACAUGUUGACGGGCAUCCGAGUGUCCGUGUCUCGUACGAAUGCGAAACUUGACCGCCCUCUUACAGAUGCCGACUUCGAAACUAAGCAGAAAUCGACGUUCGACAUCGCGGGUAAUGAACUAGUUCCCUCGGCAAAAUAUGACUUCAAGUUCAAGGACUAUGCGCCCUGGGUCUUCCGGCAUCUUCGCGCUCUCUUUAGGUUAGAUCCUGCUGAUUAUCUCAUGUCACUCACGGGAAAAUAUAUCCUGUCUGAGCUUGGCUCUCCGGGAAAGAGUGGUAGUUUCUUUUAUUUCUCUAGGGACUACAAGUACAUCAUCAAGACCAUUCACCACGGCGAACAUAAAUUCCUGCGGAAAAUCUUGAAAGAUUACUAUGAUCACGUCACAGAUAAUCCGAAUACGCUCCUGUCCCAGUUCUACGGUCUACACCGCGUCAAGAUGCCUUAUGGCAAAAAGAUUCACUUCGUUGUCAUGAAUAACCUCUUUCCUCCCCACCGAGAUAUCCAUACAACAUUCGACCUAAAGGGAUCAACGGUAGGACGCGACUACCGAGAAGAAGACCUCGAAAAGAAUCCUCGGGCAACUCUAAAGGAUCUAAAUUGGCUACGACGAAAAAGGAAUCUCGAAUUAGGAAUCCAAAAGAAACAGCUAUUCUUGCAACAACUUGAACGUGACGUCCGUCUGCUGCAGAAGCUCAAGAUUAUGGAUUACUCCCUACUCAUUGGCAUCCACGACUUGCAGAAGGGGAAUGAGGAGAACCUUCGGGGCAAGACGCUACAGGUGUUCAAUCCAGGGGGGGAUAGCCCGUCGGAUGAGGGGUUCGAUCCCAGCUCUGUUCUCAUGAGAACACCUUCAAAAUUAGAAAAUGCACGCAAAGCGAGGGAGCUAAGACAAAUGAUCAAGGCUGAGCGGCCUGUUCCCGUAGGCCAAACCAACACUAAAAUGCCAGAUGAGCUAACAGAAGGUCAUGGGCGUGGCGGAAUGUUUUACAGCGACGAUGGAGGCUUGCGGGCGACACACGAAAACAAUACUGCAGGGGAUGAAGUUUACUAUCUCGGGGUCAUUGACUGCUUGACGCACUACGGAGUAAUCAAAAAGAUAGAGCAUUUUUGGAAAGGCCUUUCGAGCGAUCGCACCCAAAUAUCCGCCUUACCGCCUGAGGAGUAUGGUGACCGAUUUAUCCAGUUUAUGACCGGUAUCACAAAGUCACAAGAAGAGGCAUUACGAGAUGCACAUGAUCGCGAGAAUGCCGCCAUUGCGUUGGCCGAAAUGGAGCGUGCUCAACAAGACGACCUUCAGGCUCCAGGGCCCAGCGGUGCACCGCCCGCACCGACGUAUCUGCCUCCUGCGCCGCCAGGUAUGAGAAGCCCAAACUCUCCUGAACCAAAUCCUACUAUAGAGAUUGCUCUUAGGAGGGCAAACGAGAGAGACGGUGCUAAGGAGGAACAAGUGCCGGAACGCAAGAUAACGACAGCCGUAUCCCCAGGCUCUCGUGCCGACUCUCGUGCCGUUUUACCGGUUGUCGAGGAAACAGCGGAGGCAGGCUCGGUUGGUGGACGAAGUCAAGGUGACAGCGCUAGUGAAUCUAGACCUUACACGCCAUCACCUAGGGAGAGGCCGGAUGGGUUUACCAAUCUAGGCCCUCACGGUAUCGGGGGUAGGGGCCCGCCAACACCACCAAAGACCAGUUACCUAGAACCCGACGGUAGUUUCGACGGUAGGAAAAGGAGUGGCAGUAGUACCGGUAGCGGUGGAUUCAAAUUCCUAAGGCACAGAUUCAGUCGCGAGAGUCUCGAGAAGACCUUGCCUCCUAUCCCCAAAUAAAGAUCUACAAGCUGAACGAUUGCUGGGAAUUCUAUUGGCGUUAAGGUGUUGGUAUCGGGUCAAGGGACUACCUAGUACCUUUGACAAGUCGUUGAGUAUUCCGAAGGUCCGAACAAGUAAUACUGGAAGGAUGGCAAGGAACCUAAUGAGCAAUAUAAAAUCGGGUCAAUAUCGAACUAUGUUUGCCUGGAGUAGGAGUGGUCAACCAGGCUGACGUUGCCGAAGAACCAGUGUUGGCUGCGGAUAGUGAACGGCCUAUAGAGGAAGAAAAAAAAAGGAGGAUGGCAUUCAGUCAAUUCUUGCGGUUUCUACUGUUUUAAAUUCCCAUGGCAGGCAAGGAUCGCCGUGUCGACGAGAUGUUUUGAGCACCGGGGUGCGUUCCUUCCCCCUUUUUCCCUUUGUUACUACUAAGAGCGCAUAUCAUUGUGUUUGUACAGAAAGACAUGAUACCACCAUUGCAUAAACCGCAUGAAUUUGACGAGUUUUUAUUUUCUACUACCCGUUUUUACACUUCUUUUGUCCAAGCCGAGUUUGGUAGCGAGUGCGUCGUGUUCGAUAUGUAUAAUACAUACAAAAAUAAAGGCUUUGGCGACUGGUGCCAUUCGUCUACGGAUGGGUGUUUUGCCCUCUUUAGGGUGUUUAUAGAAAUGGAAUGGAAAGAGUCUAACUCC